AUGGCGCCUUCGGCAGAGAACCACAGUCGCUCACAUAGCCUUCUGCUUUUCCAGAAGCUUUUGAAUUUGAGAGACAGCGCAAGCCCUCUGACUCUUGUGCUCGAUAGCCUAGAGCAGAGCGCCGCACCGGUAGUACGGGAGUUCGUCUCUAGAGCGAAGGUCGCAAAAGCAAAAGUCAUACUACUCUCCUUCGCGACCCUGAAGCGCCCACGAGAUGUCGACGUCGUCAUCAAGGCCCGAGGGAAGACCCUCAAGGCGUUGAGGGCGGAGAUCCUCUCACACUACCCCAAGCCAGAUGCCUCAGCAGCCAAGGGCGCGCCUCCUUCCCAAAAAACCGUCGUGCUGCUCGACUCCCUUAACGACCUCGCCACAGCGGCGCCGCAGAUCGUCCCGACGUUCCUGUCCACCAUCAUCGUGCCCUCCGUCUCCCUCGUGGCCGUCUACCACACCGACGUGCCCCUCGUCCUCCCGCGGACCAUGAGCGAGUACGAGCCCCACCCGCUGACCGUCCUCUCCCACCUCGCGACCUCGAUCCUGCGGCUGUCGAGCCUGAGGCAGGAGAUUGAGCGCCAGAAGGCGAGGAACCGGAGUCUGCAGGAGCCGGAGUGGGGCCUCGGCGAGGAGAGGGAGGGCGUGUUGAUCGGUCUCAAGGGCGAGACCAAGUCCGAAGACUACCGCGGCGUGGUGGUGGAGAUGGAGGUGAGGAGGCGGAGCGGACGGGCGAUGGCGGAGAAGUUUGUCUUGCUACCCUUGGCCGGCGUUCCUUCAGCGUCCGGGAAGGCAUCGAAGGUGUUUUUGCUCUCGGAGCACCCUGUGUUUGCCGCUCCCGAGGGCGCUGAGGCGGAUGGCGGUGCUGGAGAAGAGGAGGAACCGGAGAGCACGUUCAACCUGGGGCUUACGGAGAAGCAGAGACGGGAUAGGGAGGGGAUUGUGCUGCCUUAUUUCGAUGCGCAAACGGACAUUGGGGCCGGCGAGGGUGGAAGGAUUUUGUACGAGAUGGGUAGGGAGGAUGAUUUUGAUGAUGAGGAGGAUGAGAUUUAG